AUGUUUUACCGCCGCGUUACCAUUCUUCGCGUCAUGGCGUCGUCCGCGUCGUCGUCAUCGUCGUCGUCGUCUUCCUCCUCCUCCUCCUCCUCUGCGGGCCGACACCACACGGCCCCCGCGUCGCCGUACGAGGUGCUGGGUGUGGGCCCGAACAGUCCCUUCUCCGAGGUCAAGGCACGCUUCCAAGAGCUGGCGCGCCACUACCACCCCGACAUGCCGCACGGCGACCCGGGGAGGUUCCGCGAAAUCAACGCCGCCUACCGCCUGCUGCGCGCCACACAGCGUGAGAAGAGGUCGGAGCACAUCAACGCGGGCAACACGAAGAAUUUCUGGACUGAGUGCAACCGCAAGAUGAGGGAAGACUUCGCCGACAGCAAGGCACGAGAACGCCAGAGCCGAGAUCGGCAAGCAAAUCUAAAGCGGCCACGUGGAUUGUUGCGCGAACUACUGUGGAUCUACGAGGGCUACGAGUUGGCCCUUGUGCUUGGCGCAGCGGUGGCUGUCCUUGUUAUUGCUGCGGACAGAUAUCUACUCGUGGAGCGGAUGACACGCGAAAAGCGGGCGCGGCUGCGAGCCAUGGAUGAAGGACUGCCGCCAAGUAUGCCGCUCGUUAUGGACAGCGAGAUGAUGCUGAAGUACAGUGAUCCCGUGCCGCCGGAGGCGAUUGAGACCGACAAGGCAAUAGUGAAGGAGGCGGCAUACUACCGACGUGCUACACAGCGUCGCUUCGAGGACUUCCGCGAGUACCUCUUUAUCUACGAUCCCGAUGGUGUUACCUCGCGUAAGGUGACCACUACACGUUUCAGCAUUCAAUACCUCGACGAGGACCUUAUUCCAAAGCGCUGCGCCUACGUGCGUGAGUUCAACUCCGAGGAAAAGAAUGCGCGGUACGAGAAUAUCGCCAAGGACGUAGCAGAAACACUCGGAUCGGCGCCGUGGGUAGCACCAGACGCGCAGUACAUCGUGCCACUGGUAGCGAAAGGCCUCGCAGCGAUCCCGAUGAACUCCCCCGACACUGCCAAGUGGACCGUUAUUGAAUAUAAGGACAACGAUACAGGCGGUCCCUCAUCGUGUCUGAUGGCGUUGAAGAAUAACCGUUUUGAACGCCUUGGAAUGUGCCAACGCGUGACAGUAACGGGGAGCAGUAAACUCAGCCCUAAGCUCGUCGCCAUGAGGGAAGAGGACCUGCAAAGUGGAGCAGUGAAAAAGCGGAGUCUAAUGCGGGGAGGAACCCUUCCGUUAAAGGAUCUCUCUAUUCCUCUUGAGCGAAUGAAACUCUAG